AUUAUCCCACAUGCUUUCACUGGGCUUGCAAAGGGCUCAGCAGUUAGUCCAACAGUUAAAUUUCACUUUUAUCUUAUGGAACAGUUUUCUAUAACAUUAUAUAUUUUGUUUGUAAUUGAAGCAAAGGAAGAGUGAUUUUAUUUGACUGCGGUCCAACCUUUAAAAUAAUAUUUUGCAGUCUUCACAAAGGAGCCCUUCAGUGUACUGUGCACAGUUAAGUUUUGUUGUGCCAUGCAGUUUGUUUGCAUGCAGGAAAUAAUUUAGCUUUUCUUUUUCUUUUCUUUUUCAGUAGAUCUUGACAGAGUUGUUUAAAUCAAGAUCUAUCACAAAAUAACAAGUUAGUGCUGAAAGGAACUAAGGUGGAAGGAAAGGGUCAGUCCAUCUUUUUAUUUCUCUUAGGCUUUCAUUGAUACCAGAACAAGUAAACUAAGGAUGGGUCAACUGUGUGGAAAGUGCAUGAAGCUGCUGCAGGACUUCGUGUCCUUUGUAAAGAGAAUGUCCUCAAGUCUGGUGCAGAGAAUUAAGGAGUGCUUGGUUAUGAUAAGUGAAUGCUCUUGCUUAAAACGAAAUGGCUCUGAAGCCAGGCAGCUAUACCAACCUGUCCUUCAGCCACAUGAAAAGGAAACUGCACAAGAAUUUCUGCAACACAUAGAAACAGGUUUUGAAUUGUCACUGCUUGGAAAGAACUCUCUGGAGGCUCUGAGAACGUUGGCAUUUUCAGAAAACCCUGGCUUGCAACAGUCUGCUGCACUCUAUUACUUACACCUGAGCCAACACUUGAUCAGCCAGCUGACUGAAGAACAUUUGGAACCUUAUUAUGCUUUACUACAGUCCAGUGAUGUAGAGGUUCAACAGAUGUCUUCCUUGUCUCUUGUCAAUUUUUUGCUGGAAGGAAACAUAAACAGAGACCUAGUUGUCCAAAUGGGUUUACUCGAGCUAAUUCUGGAGCUUCUUGAGUUGGGGGAUUCCACUGUCCAGUGUAACUCCUGCGCCUGCAUAAUGACCUUGGCUGCCUCAGAGUCCAACCAAGAGGCCAUAACUUCAGCAGGAGGAGUCAUACCUUUACUGGCGCUGGCCAACUCCUAUGAUCCUAGGGUCCAACAAAAUGCAGUUGGAGCUAUUCUUAACCUCACACAAUCAGAAUGGAUCCAACAAGUCCUGUGCAGGGAGGGAGCCCUCCCAGUUCUUACCUUGCUGUUAGAGUCUCCUGACUCAGAAGUGCAGUAUUACAGUUGUACUGCUCUAAGCAACCUGGCAGCCAACUCCCAUCACCAUGAAGCGAUGCUGAGAACUGGUGAAGGGUUCCUUCUGCGGACACUCAUUUCUCUCUUGUUUUCAUCUGUGGAAAAGGUUUCAAGCCAGGCUUGUGUUUGUUUGAGAAAUUUGGCUGUAAGUGUGCACAUCCAGGCUGACAUCAUUGCUAUGGAUGUCCUGCCCCAGCUGCUCUCCCUUCUUGCAUCCAGCAGUACAGACGUUCAGCGAGCUUCCAUUGCGCUCCUUUGGAAAUUAUCCCAGCACCCAGGCAACCAGGACACACUUACAUGUGGAGAGAUGCUGAACACCCUGGGCAAGCUACUGCUAACUCAUAAAGCAGAUCCAGUGCUUGUUGGUCAUGCUGCCUGCAUAAUUAAAAACCUGAUCCUUCCCCAAAACAUGCAGAGAAUCAUGGAAAGCUCCUGUUUUGAAGGACUCUGCUAUACUAUCCUCUCUCCUGAUGUUCAAGAAGAACCUCUUCAUUAUGUGAUAGCUUGUCUUGCUGAGCUGGCAAAGCAUGAAGGAUCUGCCUUCCACAUGCUACAGUGGAUGGAUGAAUCCCUAAUAAAAUGCUUAGUGAAACUAGCUGGCCAACUGCAACAUACAGAGCCCUCAUUUCAAGCUGCGUCCAUUAUCCAGCAUGCAAUAUGUCAUGAAAAGGUGAGGUCUUUGCUGAAAUGCCACAUUAAGGACAUUCAAUGCUACAUAAUGAAUUUUCUCACCCACCAAGAGAUUCGCUUCCAGCAGCUGGGCAUUUCCACCAUCUGCAAAUUACAGGAAGAUCCAGAAUUUUCAUCAGCCAUCAGGCAAAGUCAACUGAUGGAGCAUCUUGAGAGGGUCCAUCAACAGACAGAAGAAACGCAAAAGCUUCUAAGGGUGGUUAUCAACCACAUGGACAUUUAACUCCUUUGUUAGUCAGCCCAUGGAAGCUUUAAGAAGAAUGUACACAGGGUCUGGUCUUCUUUCAGACUAGAUUUCAUGCUGCCCUAUUUGUUUACAUCAAGAGAAUGCGGUACAGUUACUUGUCUUUGUUCAGUGCCAGCUAGAGUUUGAACAGUGCUUCUAUGCAGUGGCCGAUGGCUUGCUCUUGACUUUAGAAUGUGUUUUGGACCAAAUCCUGAAGACUCUGAGUCUGAGUCAUCAUUGCUCCAGGGCUCUCUUUGCCAGCAGAACUGAUGCAGAGAAAACAGCAACUAUCACUCUAAGUCUGCUUGAUGAAUACUAUUGGUGCAAGGAGUCUUUCUGGCAGUUUUGGAGGGUCCCCUUGCUCAAGUUUGCGCCUCAGUCUACAGAGCAGGCAGGGCAGGGGGAAGGGUCCUAAAGUUGCCCAGAUGUGAGAUAGAUGUGUCCAGUCCAGUCUUUCACCUUUAGUAAUUCUGCACUCCACAGAAUUCUGCAAAGAAGCUGGAGAAUACAGUCAUGGAGGCAUGGUGUGAGGCACCCCAUUGCAUCAUACUUACGUGUGUCAAGGGUGGAUCAAGCUGAAUAGGGAAAGUGCAAAGUGCCUUCUUUCAGUCUAUAGCAGUCGUCCAGGGAUGAUGCUCCCACUCAUGAUCUGACUGCUUCCUUGCACCCAUUGUUAGCACCCUGUAGUUCCAACCUCCAAACUGCAAAUCUUGAAGACCUUUGAUCUCCCAAACUGCAUUAACAUAUUAAAAAUGCCAACUCCCCCCCCCCCCCCCCCAAAAAAAGACCCCUAUGAAAGAAUGCACAUAAGAAAGUAUCUUGCAGUCUUGCUGGUGUAAUCCUAGACCUUCUGUGCUCUUUGGUUGUCCUCCAUUGUUAAACUGGAUUGUAGGUCUACUUGUCCUGGAAGCAUCUUCUAUUGUACUAUGUAAAUAACAAUAAACCAUUGAUUUCAGAAGUGUUACCCUCCCGUAAGGACUGACACCACCUUAGUAAAUAUAGAUACAUUUCCCAGAUGUGUGAACAGAAGUGAGACAAGCUGCUUUGCUCAGCAAGUGCAGUUUGGGUCACAAGUAGAAUACCAGAGGGUUUAUACACUCUCAUGGACAGGGACCAGAGCAUUAAUUGUCAGCCAGGGUGCCAUGGCAACCUGAGGUGCCACAAGGUCCUUUGAAGGGUUCUGUGAGUUGUGAAGAGAUAAGAAAGGUAUGAGGCGAUAAACUGGUCAGUGCAGGUUCAGGCUUGUUUAUGCCUCCCCCAAUGCCUGGCCCCUGUGCCAUAACUGAGGAAAAGCAAGUGGGGCAACCACCUGGGUAUUAACUCAGGGUGCAGAACAGGGCAAAAAAAGUGUUUGCUGUUGGCAGUCCUGUAAUUACAAGAGUGAUCGCAGUGGCAAACAGAAAUGUCCGCUGCCCUGUGUCCCAGGUGCCUGAUCGCAUCCUGGUGGUGUUGUCUGGUCAUUUUCCGAGUAGGUAAGCACUGUAAUAUAUAAAUUCGUUUUUGAAACUUGGCACCGCUCAAUUCACAAAAGUUAUAAUGGAGGGGUGCUUCAAGUCCAACGAGAGAUACCUUGAGUCCAAGAAGGUUGGCAAACCACUGGGAGAGGAAUCUUUCCCCAGAAGCAUGAACAUGUUCUUCCUUAACUUUUGGCUUCACUUCCCUGAAUCUCAGACAUUUUGCAAAACUGGUUGCUAUUCUUCCAGGCUCUGAAGGAGAGAAGAGGACAACUACUUUUGUCCAUCUUGAAAUUUAUUUUCUGUGGGGCAUUAUUUACUCAUCCAUCUAAAGGUCUAGUACCUUCUUUUGAUGAUACAAGAACUUAGAGAACCCAGCACUUUCUCAGUGUAAGAGAAAGAUAUGAAGUAUGUAUGCUGGCAAGGACCUGGUUCCAGGAGGGCCAUAUACCUCCCAAACCUACUGACUUGCACAGGCACUGCUGAGACUUGCUCUCCCUCCCCUCUGCCCCCCAGCCUGGGAUUAGGCCAUUGGUUGUCAAAACCUUUCAGCCUAUAGAGAUGUAGGAGUCUUUGGCAAUGAGAUGCGAAAUGAAAAUGGGGGGUGUGGGGCCGAUAUUUGGAAAAGCAUGGAAAUGAAGUACUCAGCAGCUGUUGUGGUAGCAGCAUGGCACCUUAGAAAAAUCUUCCUUUGGGCUCUUUUUAUUGUUACUAAUUGGUUCCUUAUAACAGUAAAAUCUUUUUGCCAAUUAGCAGCUAAGACACAGCUUACUCAAAUCUUCCUAUAGAAAAAUAAAAAAAAAAUAUUAAGCAGGGAAAACAGGAGCCAUGUUUAGACACCCAGGCUUAUGUAAAGUGAAGAAAAAAUUUCCAUUUCCACACACAAUAUUCAAGAACUUUUUUUUUAAAUUCUCAUCUUGCAAGAUGGCAAAACACCUAACUACAGAGUGUUAAAUUUAUUAGCAGAUGUAGUAUGAAGUUCUGAAAUGGCAUGGUCACAAAUUGAAUAAGUAAUUCCAGGGAGAAUUGGAUUUAAAACCUUAGUACAAUGAACUAUUCUUCAGGUGAACUUAUAUUAAUUGCAGAAAGAAGGCUAUACUACUGUAGGACACAGGACAAUAUGUUAGGAACAAGAAAGAAGUACUCACAUUAAAAUCAGCUCAUCUGGUGCUUCCUAUUGUAUUAGUAGUUUUAGCUAAUCAUAUAUAACUCUAGCAGAAAGGAAAAUGGGACAUCGCCCAGUGGGAAUGAGAUGAUGAACAGAAGAGAGAAAAUGUAAGAUAAACUAAAAUUUAAUGAUGAAUAACCCUGCUUUGGUGAUGCAAUGAUUAAUGUAAUGGACAAAAUUGCUAAAGAGCACUUCCGUGAGCACUUUAUUUUUGUGCUGUGAGACUUAAUUAAAGCAAUGAGGUGAAUCUGUUCAAUCCACAACAAUAAUCUAGUUGCUAUGAAAGAUUAUGACUCUACACUUUCUAACAAUUUAAGUGAGGCUUUUACAAUUUCUAUAUCUGUCCUACUGAAUUAGUCACACAGCAUCUGACUGUGCAGAUGGUUGAAACAGAGAUGGCAGCAGUUAUGAAGCUGACUCUAUUAAAUAGCACGAUCACCUACAUCUCUUAACAGCCACCCCCUCCCCACCACCUUUGAAAGAAGAUCAAAAGUUACUUUUUCUUUCAAUUCAAAAUCCUCUUGUAAAUGCAGAUGGGUCAAAACCAGUACUUUGAAUCUCAGCUUCUUUGAAUUUUUGUAGAAUACUGAUCCAAAUCCCUAAAUCUGAACAUACCACCUAUUGUUUGGAUUAAAUGUCAAACCACAAAAGGAAAAGUGUCCCAGUUCAACAAAGGACUUAAGAAAGUGCAUUACAUAAAGGACUUCCAUAAGUCAUAUUGAUUUCAGUGAUGAAUCAAGGGGUUUGGUCUAAAAUCUAAUGAGAACAAUUUAUGAUAUCUCAAAGUGUAAUUCAAUACCCUUAAAUUUAAUUUGAAUCUAGUUUUGCAUAUCAACUCCUCAGCCCAAUCCUAGUUGUAAAUGAUCCCAUACUAUUUGCCUGACAAAAAGAUCAGAGCAGUGGGAGCCAGCGUUUCUGGCAGGCAUGUCACAAAUUAAGCCUUGUGCCCUCUCUCUAAAUGCUGCUCCCCCUGCUUCAUCUGUUACUCUGCUUCCUGCCCUGCGCUCCCUGUCCUAUCUGCUAUUCUGCUUUCUGUUCCCUGCCCUAUUUGCCACUGUGCUCCCCAAUCUAUACACAGAGCUUGCCUGUGGCAUGUGUACUGCAGGUUGGCCCCAUUUGGAUUAGAGGCCGAGAGUAGCUGUAACAAACUGGUCCCUGGUUCAACCUAACGUAACAUGACAACCAAAAAUAUAAAAAAGUAUAAAUAUUUCAAACAAAUUUUAUUUGGUUCUUACAUGCUAUAUAGAUUCAAAGAAAUAAAACUACAUGUGUUUAAGUAUAAUAUUUAUAUACAUGGAGACCUGUGAAGAAAGCGGAAAAAGAACCCAAUUAAUUUUGUUAUAGCACAAACUAUUACUGAGACAUUCUGACCGAAUGGUUUUAUGAUCUGGCAGGUAAAGUAUCUCGUAAGUGAACUCCCCAGGACUUAAGACCAUCUCCUUUAUAGUAAGACACACAUCUUGCAGCUGUAUUAAGUCAGCCCAUUAAAACAUUCUUACUAAAACAGUUUCUCUAUUAAUAGAUUUUCUGCACUUUUGCUCCUGAUAGGCCUGAUCCAGUGCCCAGUGAAGUUCAUCAAAAGAAUCUUCCUGGGGCACAUCCUCAGCUGGUGCGAACGACUGUAACUCCUCAGUUGACGCCAGCUGUGAAUUUGCCCCGUUGACUUCAGUGAAUACUGCAUCAAGACCUGGUACGAUCUCUCAAGAACAAUGAAUAAGUAGUAAUUCCUACUGAUCAGAGCACUGUUCAUAAACACAAAAAGUCCAGGAUUUUAGUCAUGCUCAGCAGCAGCAAAAGUGACAUGGGUGGGAUGAUGAAAGUGAAACUGGUGUUGGUGGGAUAAAGAGGAAUGGUAAGAUUCUAGUCACUAUCCUACAGUAAAAUGUACUGCAUUUUAAAAAUUCACAUUAAACAAACAAAUAAAGCAGCAACUGACCCAUUAUUUUCUGUUUGCUCUGAAACGAGCAAAACUAAGAAGCUCUGGGAUCUUCUCCCACAUUCGAGUUUUCACACCAUCUUCAUCAUCUGGUAAGGCAAAGAAAACUCCCUCCAUUGUUGGGAACAGCAGCAUUCCACAGGAGUUGGAAUUGUGUAUGUGUAGCUUUUACAGUGGAGUGAACAUGAAUGUAACUAAUAAAACCAAGUUUGUAAUAUCA